AUGGCAUUGGAGCCUAGUGCUGAUGCUUCAGAUCUAUUGUGCAACCUGGCGGCGUGCGAACAGCUUCUGACAGAUCUGCUGAAUGAUGAGAAGCUCUUCCGGAGUGAUCCGGUGAAGCAACUCCGAGGUUUGGUCACCCAGCUGGCAGUCAAGUUGUGGAAAGGCAAGCCGCAGAGCGAAGUCCCUCACGGCGACCGGACACGCCAGACACGUCCCAACUGCAGUGACCCUGAGGGCACUGAGGGCAUUUGUGAGGUGAAAGCUGCACAGUUCAGUCGAUUACUCUACACCAACCCUGUGUGUAUUCUGAGCUCCUGCAACGAACGGUUGCAGCGGAAUCUAAUGACCAUUAGCUGGCUAACACCUCUGGAUAAUCAAGGCCGCUUGAUGUGUUCCAUCAACAAACGUCGGCACUCUGCUGCAGGGGUUCUUCAUCACAAAACCUUCGUGCUCAACGUCCCCCCUGCGAACCUGGCAGAAACGCUUCUAGCCAUCGGAGCCUGCAGUGGUGAAUCGGUGGAUAAAGUGAAGCGAUUUUCGGCCCCUUUGGGUGGAUAUUGCCGGCCAGGCUGGAAGUCUUUGACUUGGCCCCCUGAACAGCCGGAGGAUCUUCCAAUCUUCGCCGUCGCUGGUUGCAUCGCCCACUUGGUGCUCCAGCUCGAGGCGGACGUGACGGCAGCAUCGGGGCAGGACGCCCAUCAUGUCUUGGUCUGCAAGACCUUGGCGGCAUACGUCCGCUGCAGCCACUGGGAUGGGAAGAUCUUCUGCCCCAAAGACCGGCAGCAGCCGUAUUUGACCUUUUUUGGGAGCCAGACCUUUGGUGUGGUGCUGCCAAAGUGA